AUGACUCGCUUAUUCACUCUUCUCCCAUGGAUCAGCGCCCUGGUGGUGUCUAUGGUCCAUGCACAAACCUUGGAUGCGGAAGAUCCACUCAACAACCUGCUGCCGAAUGUGCCGCUGGCGUCGGCGAUCGGUGCCGCGUGGGGCUCGUCGCAGAACGGCGGCUCCCGCCAGGCGGGUCAGGCUGAUGCCAAUGCAGCAGGCAGCCUUGCUGGCAUGAUCGGCAGUAUCGGUAACAUGCAAGCGCCGUCGCCCGACAUGUCGCAGUACAGCAACCAUACCCCUACUCCCCGCUGGGGUACCUCAGCGGCCUACCUGCAGGGCAGCCAUGUAAUUGUCUUUACUGGUGGUCAGACAGACACGCAUGGUAGCAUUACUAACGAGACGCUCCUGCUGGACAUGAGCGGUCUCACGAACCUGCAGAACACUCGCGCCGCGUCGCGUGUCGUGCCGUGGCUCGACGUGAACCAGAGCUCGCACUCGCAGGCGGCGCCGCGCACAGCCUACGCUGCCUCGGUGGUCUCUACGAGUGUGUGUGGUGCUACAGAUGGUCACGUCGUUGACACGUUCUGGCUGGCCGGUGGUAAGACGGAGCACUGCGCCGACCAGCCCUACCUCUGGACUUUUGCCGUGGAGCGCAACGGCAACCGCACGAUCGGCAAGUGGGUGGCACAAGAGACCAAUGGAACGGACCCGAAGCGCCGCUCGCAUGCGCAGGCUCUGCUGACCAGCACGACGCUGGAGGGCCAGGAUGCCGUGGCUAUGCUGGUGCUGGGUGGUCAGGACCGCGAUGUGGUGUGCCACCCAACGCAGGAGACCCAAGACUCGUACGCCACGUCGCUGGAUGAGUACGCCAUGGGAUCGGUUCUGGACUCGCAGUGCCGCUCGCCCAACCGCGCUGGCACUUCGACGGUGCAGACCUACGACUACAAGAAGGAAAUCGACAGUGCUCCUGUGACGGAGUACGCCCUGGCUCGCAUGCCUGUGCUGGAGAACCAGCAGACGCACCAAUUUGAGACGCCGUACCUGCUUUUGGGUGGUCGUGACAAGCAGCACAAGCUUGUGGACUUUGAGCGUCCUUGGGCGUACGACUCGUCUUCUGGACGUUGGACGCAGUGGGUGACGGCCGGUGAUAUCCCUACGCCGCGUGUGGGUCACUCGGCUGUGGUCUCGAACGAUGGCCGUGUGUUUGUCUACGGCGGCUACAAGCGCCAUGGUGAUGAUCGCACUGUGAGCAAGCAGCCGACCGAUGAGACGUACAUGCUGGAUGCCUCGACCACGCCAGCUCGCUGGACUCGUGUUCAGUACCGCGAGCCGCCGGAGGAUGGCCCUGCGCCUUCGGCUCGUGCGUACCACUCUGCCGUGAUGGUCGACGAUGUGAUGGUGGUGGCGUUUGGUCAGCAGUACAAGCGCACGGCCUACGGUCUGGCGCGUCGUGGCGGUACCAACGUCAACGCUUCUGAGCCGCUGGUUAUGUACAUGGAGACUCGCAACACGAUCAUGGGCUUCCGCUGGACAGACUCGCUCUCGGCUAUUGUCUCGGGCCGUGUGGCGCAGAACGUGAUGGGUGGUCAGACGCGCGUCGCUAGCGCGACGUUUGCUGCGCCCACGCCUGCCGGUCAGCGCGCCGACCGCCCUACUCAGGCACCGCUCCCGGAGAUGACGCGCGUGCCUACGCCGGAAGAGUCGGUGGUGAGCCAGGUCUCGGUCUUGUCGAAGUCGAUGAAGGAGGCCAGCCGCUCAGCGCAGGCAAGUAUGUCGCAGGCUAGUCAGGCGAGUGUGGCGAGUGCCUCGGCUAGCCGUUCAUCGGCUAGUGCUGCGAGUGCUGCGGCGGCUGCCUCGGCGGACGCUGCCGACGCGAACAAGGCGGGCGAUGCGAAUGGAAAUGCCGAUGGCGGUGAGAGUGGUAACAACAAUGGCCAUGCUAUGGCGCCGGCGUCAGAGUUCGACCCUAUGCUCCCACAGUCGACGAUGGCGUCCUCGACGGGUAUUGCGGCUAUGCCUAGCACGACGACCCAGCCUUCGGACAAGGCUGGCGAGAACGGCGACAACGCUGAUGGCAGCUCGUCCUCGUCGCGUACGGGUGCCAUUGCUGGUGGUGUGAUUGGUGCAGCGGCUCUGUGUGUCGGUGCGGUGGUCGGUGGCUUGUACGCGUACAAGAAGCGCCGCGAGUCGCAGCAGAUUGCAGAGCUUCGUGCGAACGGUGUACUGUAUGGUGGCAGUGGUCGCAAGGACGACGUGGAAUCCGCGCCGCCAGUCUCGUCUCUGUGGCUCCAGCGUCCGCUGAAGGAUGUGGUCGACAACGACUUUGGCCGUCGCUCGAACAUGUCUGCAUACUCGAUGCAAGGUCAGGCUGGUACGCCGCUCUCGACGUCGCCUGCUGGCGGUCGUUCCAUGGGCAGCACGGAGGAGGGUCGUCACAUGGUGCGUGGUCCUCGCUCUGUGUACCCCGAUGGCAUGGAGGCCUACUCGGCCGCUGCGGCGUACCAAGCCGCGUCGGCGGGUCCGAACCCGUUUGAGGCAGCGCCAGUGUCGUACGACGGUGCGCCGAGCCACGAGCACUACUACUACGAGGGCAUGCCCACCUCGGCGUCGUCGCAUGAUCACAUGGUCGAUCCGUUUGCUGGUGGCGUGCUUCGUUCGAGUGGGACGGAUAUGACGACCAACGCAUCGGACUACGCCCCAUCGAUGUACUCGCACAUGGCCGACGGCAACGCUUCGUCGGUGCACAUGGAUGAGUACGAUGUGGUGCCUGCGCAUGAAGAGGACAUGCACAUGCGCAACAGUGCAUCGACGCAGCAGCUCUACCCUUACAUGCCAAGUGAGCGCUCGCAGCUGCGUGUGAUGAACAACUAA